CAUCUCCGCCAAACAAACCAUGGCUGCUACGCUGCUAGGGGAGGAGCCCCGGCUGGGCAGCACCCCGCUGGCCAUGCUGGCCGCCACCUGCAGCAGGAUCGGUGAGCCCAGCCCCUCGUGCUCCCCUGCUCUUUCCGAUGGAGCGCCGGGACUCGUCAAGGGCUUUCACCCUUGGAGGGGCGGCGCCCCGGGCACCAGCGGUUUGGGUGUCUGCCUCACCUCGCUCGGGCUUCCUUCUGGGACCUCCAGGGGUAGCGGCACCGGACUGUCAGAGACGUCCAGCGCUUUCUCGGUGACCACUGCCAACUCUCCUUUUGGAAACGAUUUUUCGAUGUACCAGACCGACAACAACGUUUCCGAACCUACACACGCACAGCGGUCUGUGUUUCUAACCAAAUUCCCCUCCUCAGUGGAAGGCAUUGCUGGGAUAUAUCCGAGGAUGCAUCCCUAUGAGUCAUGGUUCAAACCCGUGGGGGAAGUCGGUAACGGGUCUUCUUCUUGGUGGGACAUGGGCACCAACUGGGUGGACGCACAGACUCCGACCGGGUUACCCUCUCCUCUGAGCGGCUACAGCACUGACUACAGCUCCGCAUUCAGCCCCGGUGCUUCACAGCACCUGCUCCCCGCCACACAGCACCUGUUUGACGGCUUCAGGCCACCUGUCCCGGCUCCCUACUCAGAGUCUACGACGACGGGGGCACCUGCGCUGACAGGAACCCCCGGCGUCUCUCUGCCCGCAUCUUCCCGCACCUCUUCACGGCGUUACUCCGGAAGAGCCACGUGUGACUGCCCGAACUGCCAGGAGGCGGAAAGCCUCGGGCAAGGGGGCACGAGCCCGCGUCGGAGAGGCUUGCACAACUGUCACAUCCCGGGUUGUGGUAAAGUCUACGGCAAGACCUCUCACCUGAAGGCUCACCUGCGCUGGCACACCGGGGAGAGGCCGUUUGUGUGCAACUGGCUCUUCUGCGGGAAACGCUUCACGCGCUCCGACGAGCUUCAGCGGCAUUUGCGCACGCACACCGGGGAGAAGCGAUUCGAGUGCUCGAUUUGCCACAAACGGUUCAUGCGCUCCGACCACCUCAGCAAGCACGUGAGGACGCACAGCUCGGAGGGCGCAGAGGAUGGCGGGGAGCCGGGACUAGGUAAGGGGAACAGCGACACGGAGAACAGCCUCUCCGGUAGCCCGAGCCAGUCACCCGGGCAGCACGCGCGCGAGACUGUUCAAACCACCGAGGGACAGAGGGCGGUGGAAUAAUAUGCGAAGCUAAAUAUGAACAAAGCAACACGUGGACGUUUGAUAACACGG